AUGGAUAGAAAGGAUACACUUCUUAAUUAUUUUGAUACUGUUGAUGAUAGUAAUUUAACAGUCAUUUUAAAGGCUGAAGUAGUGAAACUAAUAGAUAAUAAUGAGGAGAUCAAACAGCAAACUUAUGAUAUUUCUUUUGAGAAAGUUAUUAAUAUACCUAGCUCUAUUGUAGAUCAAUACAACCAAGUCAAUCAAAGUGCCUUUCAGUUAUCUUCACCUCAAAAAACUAUUCCAAGACUGGAACUUAAGUCUACCACUAACGAUUUCGAUGAGAUUGAGCUUACUAAAAAUCAGAAUAUAGAAUUUGAUCUAAUACAUGAUUUACAUAAUUGUAGUAUCGUUGCUCCACCUAAUGAAUAG